UCGCCUCCCAGUGACGCGCCGCGAGCUUCAUCACCGUGGCCACGUCGCGCUGCUCUCGCCAUCUUUCAGUCGGGAACAGCCGUGUGUACUGCGCGGGGGGCGGAAGACCAGCACUCGCACGCGCCGCAGACCCUGCACCGGAGCCCAAGAAACAUGAACAUCUUCAGACUGACGGGGGACCUGUCCCACUUAGCAGCCAUCAUCAUCCUCCUGCUGAAGAUCUGGAAGACCAGGUCGUGUGCGGGAAUCUCUGGGAAGAGUCAGAUUCUCUUCGCCUUGGUGUUCACCAGCCGCUAUCUGGACCUUCUCACUUCCUUCAUUUCCUUGUACAACAGCACCAUGAAGGUCAUCUAUAUCGCAUGUGCGUAUGCCACGGUUUACCUGAUAUACGUCAAGUUCAAGGCCACGUAUGAUGGCAACCACGACACGUUCAGGGUGGAGUUCCUGGUGGUUCCAGUCGGCGGUCUGGCCUUCCUCGUCAACCAUGACUUCUCUCUUCUGGAGAUCAUGUGGACGUUCUCCAUCUACCUGGAGUCCGUGUCCAUCCUCCCGCAGCUGUUCAUGAUCAGCAAGACCGGAGAAGCCGAGACCAUCACCACGCACUACCUGUUCUUCCUCGGCCUCUAUCGAGCCCUGUAUCUCAUCAACUGGAUCUGGCGCUUCUACUUCGAAGGCUUCUUCGACAUGAUCGCCAUCGUGGCCGGCGUCGUCCAGACAAUCCUGUACUGUGAUUUCUUUUAUCUCUACGUAACAAAAGUGUUGAAAGGAAAGAAGCUGAGUCUGCCAGCUUGAGUCUGAGAGAGAUCAGUGCGUGGAGCGUCGCGGACGCAGAGGACGAGUGAGAUGCUUGACGAACAGAUCCGGUCCGGAGCUCUGGAACACCUCUGGACUCAACCCCGAGUCUUCGGAUUCCUGUUUUAUGCAUCUUGUCUUACCCUUUUUAUUAUUCUGUAUCAAAGAAAGUUUUCUACAUCAACCGUGUAACUAUGAUUUGCCCGGCGGCGUGCUGCAGUGCAGACAGGGACUGGGUCUUAUGAUGGAUAGUGAUUUUGUUUGUAAGAGUGUUUUCAAUCUGAUUAAAUGUACAUGUUAUCAAAAGGAUUAUGGGAGUAUUUGUUGCUCCAUGUGAUAACAUUGAAUGGAAAAUAAGCUUGUUUAAUUGGGUUCAAGAUGGAAAUAUUUGUACUUAAACCAGCUCAACUUUUGAGAACCAUGCCACUGUCUGGCAGCGUACAGUAUUGACACUGCCUUCAUCACUGUAAACAGCUUCUGAAUGAACCAAAAAAUAAACCGUACAGAUGUUCUCACA